AGGUGAUGGUUGUUGCCAGGGAAUGAGAGCCCUUUCAGCCCAGACUGGAGACGAAUGGCCUGUCAAGUCAAUGCUGAAUGCCAGUACUCCCUUCCACCCUGCUGCCUUCCUCCUGGUUGGGAUCCCGGGCCUGGAGGCCACCCAGUUCUGGAUCGCCUUCCCUUUCUGCAUCAUGUAUGUCAUUGCCAUGGUGGGAAAUGUCAUUGUCUCCUUCAUUAUAAAGACUGAGCCGAGCUUGCAUGAGCCCAUGUACCUUUUCCUGGCCAUGCUGGCCAUCACUGACCUGGUCCUCACCACUUCCACCGUACCCAAAAUGCUGGGCGUCUUCUGGCUGGACUCCAGGGAGAUUGGUUUCCAUGCCUGCCUCGCUCAGAUGUUCUUUAUUCACACCUUCUCAUCGGUGGAGUCGGGCGUUCUCAUGGCCAUGGCGCUGGACCCUCACCCCCCCCGGCACUCCAGCAUCCUCUCCAUCCCCAUGACCAAGAAAAUAGGCAGCCUAGUGCUGACACGUGGGGUCCUCUUGAUAAGCCCCUUCUGCAUCCUCGCCAGCCGGCUUCCCUUCUGCGGGCAUCGCCUCAUCUCCCACUCGUACUGCGAGCACAUGGCUGUGGUGAAGCUGGUGUGUGGAGACGCCAGAGCCAACAUUGUAUAUGGCCUAGUUGCGGCUUUUGUGGUGGUGGGCUUUGAUGUGCUCGUGAUCUCUGUGUCCUAUUUCAUGAUCCUGCGGACGGUCAUGAGGCUCCCAUCCACCGAGGCCCGUCUCAAAGCCGUCAGCACCUGCGCUUCCCACACCUGCAUCCUCUUGGCGUUCUACAUCCCCGGCCUCUUCACCUUUCUCACCCACCGAUUUGGCCACCACAUCCCGCACCACGUUCACAUCAUGGUGGCCAAUCUCUACCUCCUGGUGCCCCCAAUGCUGAACCCUAUCGUGUAUGGGGUUAGAACCAAGGAGAUCCGGGACAGAGUGAACCAUCUGUUCCACCCAAAAGGGGUCUGAGCCAGGCUGGUGGGGGAAGGGGCGGGGGGGUUGACAAAUGGCAUCUUAGUGUCAUUUGUUACCAGGGUCAUUUGUUUCAUGGAGCACUUUAAAACUGCCCUGCCCUGCAUAAGAACGAACUUCCGCUGGGUCAGACCAUUGCCCAUCUAGCUCAGUGGCAGAGUUUGCAUGUGGAAGGGGAUUCUAAAUAGGGCAUAUCCAGAGUUUUCACUCUGUGCCCCUGUCCCAUUGCAAAGGUUUGGAUAUUUGUAUUCAGAGUACACACCCCCAUCUCAUAUUUAGUACCAGGAACUGGUCAAUCAGAAUUUGCAACUUCACAGAGCAGUGAGUUUGACACAUUGAUGUGAAGAAUAAACUCAUCUUGCUAGUAUUAAA